GGUAGCGACGGACCACAGCGUGGAUAACAGUACGGCCAUGCUGCGUGAGUGGCUGAAGAAUGUGCAGGGCCAGUACCACUACGUGGAGUGGAGACCCAUGGAGGAGCCUCAAUCCUACACCGAUGAGUGGGGUCCAAAGCACUGGUCUGCCUCCCGUUUUAAUCAUGUGAUGAAGCUGAGGCAGGCGGCGCUGAGAGCAGCCAGAGAGCGCUGGGCUGAUUACAUUCUGUUUGUAGACAGCGACAACCUGCUGACGAACCCGCGAGUGCUGACGCUCUUGAUGGCGGAGAACCUGACUCUCGUGGCCCCCAUGCUGGAGUCACGUUCCCUGUACUCCAACUUCUGGUGUGGCAUCACCCCCCAGGGGUAUUACAAGCGCACCCCUGACUACAUCCUGAUCCGUGAGUGGAAGCGGUUGGGCUGCUUUGCCGUUCCCAUGGUGCACUCCACCUUCUUGCUGGACCUGCGGCGCAACGCCACCCAGGUCCUGGCCUUCCACCCACCACACCCAGACUACAGCUGGGCCUUUGAUGACAUCAUGGUCUUUGCCUUCUCUGCUCGGCAAGCAGGUGUGCAGAUGUACGUGUGUAACAGGGAGCACUAUGGCUUCCUGCCUGUCCCCCUGAAACCACAGCAGAGCAUAGAAGAGGAGGACGAGAGCUUUACUCACACCAUCACCGAGGCCCUGAUUGAUCACAACCUAGAACCCUCGCAACACCUGUACGCUCCUCCAAAAGUGCAGGACAAGAUGGGCUUCGAUGAGAUUUUCUUAAUCAACUUGAAGCGGCGCCUGGAACGCCGACAGCGGAUGUUGUGCACGCUGGCAACCCUGGGUAUCGAGGCCACUGUGAUGGACGCAGUCGAUGGAAAAGCCCUGAACUCCUCCCAGAUCCAGGCGCUGGGCAUUGAGAUGCUGCCGGGCUACCAGGACCCCUACUCUGGCCGUGUGCUGACCCGAGGGGAGAUUGGCUGCUUCCUCAGUCACCAUUACAUCUGGACACAGGUUGUGGAACAGGGCUUGCAGCAAGUACUGGUGCUGGAGGAUGAUGUCAGGUUUGAACCCCGAUUUAAGAGCCGACUGGUGACCAUAAUGGACAACAUUGAAGAAGCCAAGCUGGCCUGGGAUCUUGUGUAUGUAGGUCGCAAGCGAAUGCAGGUGAAGGAGCCUGAGCAGUCAGUGGAGGGGGUGCACAAUCUGGUGGUGGCGGACUACUCCUACUGGACCUUGGGUUAUGCCCUCUCUCUGCAGGGGGCCAGGAAGCUGCUGCAGGCAAAGAUCUUUGGCAAGAUGUUGCCCGUGGACGAGUUCUUGCCGAUCAUGUUCAACAAACACCCUAAGGCUGAGUACAUGGAGCACUUUGAACCGCGCAACUUGCGCGCUUUCUCUGUGGAGCCCCUGCUGCUCUAUCCCACACACUACACGGGCGAACCGGGCUACGUCAGUGACACAGAGACGUCCACCAUCUGGGACGACGAGGCUGUGAGCACGGACUGGGACCGACAGCAUGCCCACAAGACUGAGCAGCAGGGCCGCAUCCAGCCUGCGGCGCAAAACAGCGUCACUGGGGACACGCCCCCUCCUGCCACCCGAGCAUCCCGUGAUGAGCUCUGAUCCUUUUGGCAGAGGGGCUCUUCUUGCUGGCUGACACACACACACACACACACACACACACACACACCCUGACUUUGCAUUCAAUCCAACAGGAUAUGAAUCUUUCAGUGAUUGGAUGUCUUUUAGCCAAUAGCAUAACAGCAGGCUGAAAUGCGUUUUCAAUUGGCUGCCUUAAGAGGCGCAGUGGGGUGUGAGUGCCGGCGACAGAACAUUGGCAGCCCCUGCCCCCCCCUUUAUUUAUUCCACAUGUGCAUCAGGGAGACAGGGGCACAGUGGUGCAUGCUGGGACACUAACGGCUAAGACUGGGACUGACUGAAGCACAGGGCCGAUAGAGAAUUUUUUUCCCCAGAAAAUCUGUGUUUUAUUUAAAGUAAUUUUAUUAUUGAAAUUUAAAAGCAACAUAGGUGGUUUAUGGAACGCCCAAGGAAUAAAAGAGUAUUACAAAUGUCUGGAAACACCCUGAGUGUGUGUACAUGUGUAUGAGUGAAACAGUUUUUCUUUCUCUCUCUCUCUCUCUCUCUCUCUCUCUCCUCGUGUGUGUGUGUGUGUGUGUGUGCUCUUCUCUUGAGCAAUGAAAGGGCUCUUAGUACUAGUUGUUUCACCCAGUGCACACACUCUCCAUUUUAAAGCAGGGAACUAAAAGUGCACACCCCCACCCCAAACACGUUAAUAUCAUAUCCCUGAAGACAUGAACACAUACAUAUACUCCACAAAUGCAUACCUGGUGUUUCUACUGUGCAGCUCGAAGCUGGAAAAUGUCCUAAUUUUCGACAGGCUGGUCCUGUUCGUGUGUUACUGCGCAGCACUGGUGUGGGGCUGGAAUACACUGGCUCAAACAGAGGCUUAUGUCUGAGUCGUCUUAGAAAAGGCUGGACGAGAAAAAAAAUCUUUUAUUUGUGUAACUACACCGUAUGUUUGAAUUUGCAAUCUGAUUUUCAUGCACAUUGUUUUGACUGGGGACAUUGAGUGCCCACUUAGGCACGGAGGGGUACAGGUUCAACACACCUGGUAAUGCAGUGGUUAGAAAUGCUCCCUUUGGACUCAAAAGUUACAGGUUCAGUUCCUACCUCUAGCUGUAGUACCUUUCAGUAAGGGACUUAUCCUAAAUUUCCCAAGUAAAAAUUACCCUACUGGGUAAACAGUUGUAAUCUUAACACUGUAAAUUGCUUUGGAGAAAAGCAUCAGCUAAAUUAAGAAUAAUAGACACAGGAGAUUCACAGAGCAGAAACCACUGAGGACGACUCUCUGCUUGGACCCUGUAUUCUGCCUGAUGCUGAUCUGGGUACCUGUAACCGCUGUUCACCAUGUUCAUCAGUGCACCCUGGUGUGCUAGCAUCAGUCCUGCUAGGAGUGUCAACAAAGGCACGUGCUUUUCUGUGAAUGUGUGUUGCUGUGUAUUUUCAUGUCCGGUAGCAGUCAACAAUUACAGAGACUAAGACCAGUGGGGAAUGGGUGAAGAAAACCCCUGGACUAGAGGAUAAAGGGAGGCACGUGAUCUGUGAGGAAGGGGUCUGCGCGGGUGCCGAGGAGCCAGUCCCCGGGGCCUGAGUGGGCUUUUCUUCAGGGGACAAGGGACACUGUCUGUCUGAGUAAAGGCCGGCCUGCAGUCGGUCCUGCUGCGUCGUCACAAGUGGAUUUGUAUGAGAGCACCAAUAAACUGUAAAAUAAUGUCACGGUGUCUUUCCGUGUUUGCCCUCCUGUUUUGAUGCUGUCGGAAAGAGAGCGAACAGCGACGCUACAUCGCCCCCUUGCUGUUGAGAUGAAUACUGAAAGGAACUAAGGCUUUUUGUACCCUGGGAUGCCCAGUAUGAUGGGACAGGCUUUAUGUUUGCUAAUUCAGUAUACAUUUAGUAAUAAGUAGCAAAUUAGAAUUGCAGGUUUAAGUGAGCAGCAGGUAGGGUUGUAGUUAGAGUGGCUUGUUUUGAACUCAAAGGACCCAAGUUCAAACUCCACUCCUUGCUGUAAUACCCUUUAGACCAUUUACACUAAUGUACCGACUGUCUCUCCGACAUAAAAGGUUCU